AUCUGGUCUCAGGGUCAUUAAUUUCAGAGUUACUUUGACGUUCACCUGCCUGAAUAAUGUCUCAAACACCGGGUAAAUAUCAUACUUAUACCAUUAUUGUGAUGAGAAGAUCUUUGUUGGAUUUGUGUAACUUCAUUUGAUUUUCUUUUAAAUGCGUCAAUGGAUGGAACUUUCACCACGUUAAGAUAAGAAAUUGCGGCGAGACUCUGAUCUAUGAACGAACUAAUCAGAUUUAAGAUAACUUUCCAAUUGUGUUCUGAUUAUCCAUUGUUUUUAUGAGACAAACUUCUUUGUUACGUUCUUGGACAAGUUUAAUCCCCUCACAUCCGAUUAUUAGUAAUAAUCAUGUCAGUACUGUAAACUCAUCCUCUAAGACACUUAAAUCUGCGGAUUCUGAUGAUAUUUUCGUCGCUAAUAUUCUUGACAAAUUUAAUAAUGUUCCAGAGUCUAACACUAAUCCACACAAAAACGAAGUCUGUGAAAAUGAACAGAUUAUCAUCGAUGCUUUGGAAAGAAAACUUGUCGUAUAUCAUCCUACAGCUAAUGACUCAGAACAUUUAGAAGGUUUCGAUGUAGAUGCUGGGGCUGAGUGGAUUUAUCCAAGUGAUUCAAGCAUACGCAAAUACCAGUUGAGUAUAAUUGAACAAUGUCUAUAUAAAAAUACACUUGUCUGCCUGCCUACAGGACUUGGCAAGACAUUUGUUGCUGCCGUUGUUAUAUAUAAUUUCUUCCGUUGGUAUCCAACGGGUAGAUUUGUGUUUAUGGCGCCAACUCGACCUCUUGUAACACAGCAACUUACUUCGUGUUCGGAAUUUAUUGGAGCACUUAAAGAAAAUAUCGCUGAGGUGACUGGAUCGAUAGCACAAACUAAAAGAAAAACUAUCUGGUCCACAUAUCAAGUAUUAUUUCUUACUCCUCAAGUGUUAAUGAAUGAUUUACAGACCGGUAUUUGUCCUGCUAAUUCUAUACGUUUACUCAUAUUUGAUGAAGCACACAAGGCAACAGGAAAUCAUGCCUACUGCCAAGUAUUGCGAAUCUUGACUAAUCCACCGUACACUCAUCGACAAUUUCGGAUUGUUGCUUUGUCCGCCACACCUGCAGCUGAUAUUGAAGGGGUACAAACACUGAUUGCAAACCUACUUAUAUCUCACCUUGAACUGCGAACUGAUACUAGUGCCGACGUUCGGCCAUAUACACAACAUCGAGAGCUAGAGGCAGUAGUUGUUCCUCUUGGUCCGGAACUGACACGGUAUCGUAAUCAAUUAAUUGAGUGUAUUCGUGUGCCCCUCGAUAGACUUUACCAACGUGGUGCACUCUCAGAGUGUUAUGGUGAUCUUCGUCCAGAAAAACUAGCGAAAUACACAAUUAUAAAAGCCCGAGAGAAAUGGUCUUCACAAACGUUUCCUAGUAUCAAUUCAACGGAAAACAGUUCAAUUCAGUGCGACUUCGCUUUAGUUAUAUGUUUGCUUCAUGGCUUGGAACUGUUGGUUCAACAUGGGUUACGUCCCCUAUAUCGUUACUUAGAGGGUGUUUAUUCUGGAAAUCGAGCUAGUUCACUGGCUAGAAGUCAGCUUAACAAACUUCCCAAUAUGAAUAAUUUAUGGACAGAAUUAGCUCAGCGAUUCGGCAUGAAUGUAGAAUGCACUGACGGUACCUGGAAGCAAGAGUUGAUUCAUGCGGAUCUACUGCAUUCCCAAGCACCUUUUCUGGCUGGUCAUCCCAAACUUGAUAAACUAAGAGAUAUUUUGCUUGGUCAUUUCAACUUUGAAGACAGAAAAAACACGCAUGAACAAAGUUCUACACGCGCUAUAGUUUUCACGCAGUUUCGCGACUCGGUUGAAGAAAUUAUGCAUAUGCUUAAGUCAUUGAAACCACUAAUUAGACCAGCAUCAUUUAUUGGACAAGGAACAAGAGUAAAUGGAAGUCCUCAAUUAACUAAUCAAUAUGAGUCACCUAGCUUGAAAAAGCCGCGACUGUCGAAUGCCCACAGUGGGAUAUCACAGCGUGAUCAGAUACGUGUUAUGGAUGGUUUUCGGUCAGGUGUUUAUAACACCCUAGUGUCAACGUGUAUCGGUGAAGAGGGUAUUGACGUUGGACAAGUUGAUCUAAUAGUUUGCUUUGAUGCCUCAAAAUCACCAAUUCAACUAAUGCAACGUCAAGGUCGAACUGGGCGCAAGCGUCUGGGACGUAUUGUGGUGCUGUUAACAGAAGGUCGUGAAGAGAGGAAUCAUGCCGUUAGUAUCGCGAGGACUUCUUCUGUUCAUAAAGCUUUGCUUGAGGGAAAUGCUUAUUGCAAACUUGCUUUCUAUCCACAUAAUCCAAGAAUGGUACCUAUUGGUGUUCAUCCUAAACUCCAGUUCAAAUGUUUACGAAUCGAGAAAGUUUUCACCAAUCAAAUAUCGGGACAAAAGCAGCCAGGUGUUCAGAAGAAGAGUUCGUAUGAAGACAUCUACAGAUUGCAUGCUGAGUCUGUUAAACUGGACAGACUGCAUAUUAGGUUACAUCCUCUUGCUUUAGGUCGAAUUCAACACAUAUCAAAAUCUGAUGAUGUGGAUAAUUUUAAUUCAGACCACCCAACAGUCACAGACAUUUACAAUCUGACGUCUCAAGAAAGAUUGGCAGUCUUCAGAGAAACUAUGCAAUCUAGUCUAGUUCCAGGAUCAAAUGUCGGUUCAUCCUCUUCGUCGCAACACCUAAUGUCAAUCCUUCGACUAGUUGAAAUGCAUCGUCAUAGUACGACACAACUUUCUUACCACGCUCUCGGUAUACGGAAAAUUGAUAUCAAUACAAAAAUGAGUGAAUUAAUAAAAAUAAGUUCUUCGCCGCUAAGUAGCCAGUUAGAUUUGCAUAGCCCUUCACAAUGUCAUCAUGAUCUUGAUGAAUUGACUACCAAUACUCUGCCAGCUCCAGAGAUGUCCGAUCCGGUAUUAGAUAUUAUCCAAGAUCUAAGAAUGGUCAAAGGUUUAGUGUCUAACAAAAUAUUUUUUGACCCUCGUCUUAGCGAACUAACAGAUUGUACAAAACAGUUCACUCAAAUACUCCAUAGCAUUAGCACUAAUAGUCAUGAGCCUAUUACAGUAGCAUCCCUACAGACUGCACUAAAUAAGUGGUUAGAGUUCAUGAUUGGUAAAAAUCACAAUUCACCUACAGUUUCUUCAAGCCCAAAGUUGAAUCUUAAGCUAAGUAUAGAAAAUAGUUUACUUGAAGCAAUUAAUACAGAACUACCGAUUUCUGAGGAAGACUCUCUAACUAUGAAAGGCCUUCAGACAAUCGAUAGUAAAUUUCACGAUAAUCAGCUAGCAUUGGUGAUGUCACAGAGUACUGAGGUACCAUCUUUUGAUGUGGUAAAAGACAUUGUUCAAGCUUUUAGCCUACCUAGUACGGUGAUUAGCUUAGCCCAAAGCACUCCUUUUGGACGAGCUUGUGUCAAGCAACCUAUAAUUUCUUCAUCUAGUCAAGUCAAUCCUGAUGAAGCGUUAGCUUUACUGGAGAAUUCAACUAUUCACCUGGAUGCAUCAACUUUAUUAGAUGAAGAACUAACAACCCUUGAGCUUCCUACUACUGCCCAAAGUGUUGUUUUUGCUGGUCCAUCAUUUCCGCAGUUGAGCGGUUUUCACAAAUCAGUCGACCUUUUUACUUUUGAAACAAAACUCUCUUUAGGGACAGAACUGGGUGAUAUUAUUAAGCCCACUCAAACCAAUGAAAAAAUGGACACUUUUAGUGAUUUCGACAGAUUAAAAAACGGUUAUUUCUCAACUGCUUCUAACAGUUCUCUUGACUCACAAAUUGAUUGGUCCCCAGUGGAACAGACAACAGAGGUACUUAAUACAGGUGAUUUAUUAUAUUCGUCGUCACCAAUAAAACUAAGUAACAUUGAAGCCGUUCCUGGAAAUGAAUUUAAAAACAAUAACUUCUCUAGUGACAAAGAAUUAUCGGGAAUAUCUCACGAAAGUCUCAGCGAGUUUACAUUAUUAAACGGGUUGAAUAAGAAAAUGAGAAACAAAAAUACCAAACACGCUGGAUCUAAAUUGUUUUUAUCGCAGGCUGAGUGUACGAGUAAUGAUUCAUCUGACCAGUUUCAUCCUGAAGAUCAAGAUAUAUAUGAUGACAGUUUCAUAAAUGACGAAUACACGAAUGUUACGUGCGAUUCAUCCCGAUCUGAUAUGAAAAUGUACCUCCAGAGCAUUCGGAGUCCACAAAUAUUUCCACGUAAUGUCAGAAACUCAUGGACCAACAAAAGAAACAUUUUGCCGAAAAUAUCUGAGAAGUGUGAUGAUAUGUCAAAUUCUUUUAUAUUUUCACAGGUUAGUUCAUAUGCUACACGUUAUUUCAAUAAUAUGUUUUAAACUUUUCUUGGUCAUAUUGCUAUGAAUCUACGGUAAUACCUCAGUAAUUAUAAUACUCUUAGAAGACCGAGUCUUAUUUGGUAUUCAUGACAGUUCUAUAUAUAGCGAUGAAACUGGUUUAAAUGUUAGGUUCUUUUAUACUAAUGAGAAAUACUUGUUUUAAACUACUGACAACAAUAUAGACUUCAAGACCCUGGUAGAAGUAAUAACUUGUGAUGCUAUAAUGGUGAUCUGCCGUCACGAAAACGCAUUGCUGCCUUGUGGACUAGACAGUACUGCUUUUCAAGAUGCUUACCUGCCUCAGGUUGUAAACUUAAAGUAUCAACCAAAUUACGAGCACAACCCUCUGAAUUGCAGACCAUAUUAUUUCACUUUUUGUUUCACUACAGCUUGUUUUUGUCUAAGUUUUGAUCUAUUUGUUUCAUCCUCCAAUGGUUGCUUCAUAAGAGCCAAUAAGCUGUCUUGAUGUCACGAAUGCUAAUCGCAGUUGCUAUUAAUGUUAACAUCGCCAAAUAGAUAUACUUGGCCGAAAUUCUAAAGCUUGUUACUUGCAUAUGUUGUAUCUAAAACAAUCGGUACCGUAAGGAAAUCCUCAGACUUUCCGUUACAGAGCGUUUCAUGCUUGCUUACCUCUGGCAGUGCUAAUAGUGCCCAGCUUUAUUAGUGCCACUGUCAGAAUUCGGGAGAAAAAUUAUGACUAGAUUCUAGUUGCCCAUAAACAGCAGCGUAAUUAGGCUGAAUUAAAGUUUUCUCUUUUGGCUUUUAACCCGAACGAACCCUACCACAUUAGUCAUACAACUAAUCACGUCUUAUGGGCAUUGUAGUUCAACAUACAAAACACCUGUGUAUAAUAGGGAACACAGAUGUUUACGACAGCCGCGUAUCACAACUUAUGAAUAGUUACCGGUUGUGUUGAAAAAUAUGGACAACCUGUAGCUUCGUCUCGUUCACAAAGUUCCAUCUCUUUUUACCAAAUUUGGGGCCAGAAUUUUUCUGAUUCUUUGGGUGUUUGAAUUCGGACGAUCCAAAUCUGGUUUCCAGUCGGUUUGAAUUUUUAGGGAUGACCAGAUCCGUCGACAUUGAGAAUGGCAACAUGUGUUCGACAUCCAAAAAUUCCCAAACCUAAUCGUUAUGACCCGAUCAAUUCUGAUUAGUAAAUUGUAUGGUAAUAUUCUCAGUGAUGUUUAUUGUAAAUCUUAUAUAUAUAUAUAUAUAUAU